AUACUUUUUGGUGUUAUCAAUAUGCCUAAGGAACAGUUUCGUGCAUCGGCUCUGAACAAAAAAAUUUCACAUGUACAGUUUGGAAUCAGUGGGGCCGAUGAGAUUCAGCAGGAAGCGCUGGUAAGGAUCACCUCAAAAAAUCUCUAUCAAGGACAACGACAACCGGUGCCUUCUGGCGUACUGGAUCGUCGAAUGGGCAUCAGCACGAAAGAUGCUGUAUGUGAAACGUGCGGUCAUGGUUUGAAUGAGUGCAUCGGGCACUUUGGCUAUUUAGACUUAGCGCUCCCAGUCUUCCACAUAGGCCACUUCCGUGCCACAAUUAAUAUUCUACAGAUGAUAUGUAAGUCGUGUGCUCAGGUGAUGCUAAAGUUUGAGGACCGUCUUUCAUUUGAAAAAAAGCUACAUAAUCCAAAUUUCUCAUAUCUGGGAAAAAAAGCCUUGCAUGCACAGAUGUUGGCCAAGGCCAAGAAAGUCACAAAAUGCCCACACUGCGGAACCGCCAACGGAGGCGUGAAAAAGGGUCCUGGGCUUCUGAAGAUUUUGCAUGAUCCAUACAAAGGGCGCAAGGUAGAUGCUGUGUUUACAAGCAAUAUGGAUGAAAUGCUUCGCUCGACAGAGUUCAAUCGCGACCUUAAUCUUACACUCAGUAAUUACAGCACGGCUGAGGAGCUAACUCCACUAAUGGUGCUGGACCUUUUUGAACAGAUCCCACAGAGUGAUGUAGCCUUAUUGGGAAUGUGCUCUCGUGGUGCCCAUCCUAAGCAUCUAAUUGUGACGCGCGUAUUUGUGCCUCCUGCCUGCAUUCGUCCAUCGGUAUUAUCAGAAGUAAAGGCCGGCACAACAGAAGAUGACUUGACUAUGAAACAGAGCGAGAUCUUACUAAUUAAUGAUGUGAUCCAGCGUCACAUGGCUACCGGCGGAAAAAUAGAACUUAUAUAUGAAGACUGGGACUUUUUACAACUGCAUGUGGCCCUUUACUUUCAUAGCGAGAUCAGUGGAAUUCCGAUCAACAUGGCACCGAAGAAAACUACACGAGGCAUUGUUCAGCGUUUGAAGGGAAAACAGGGACGAUUCCGAUGCAACCUAUCUGGAAAACGUGUAGACUUCAGCGGCCGUACCGUCAUUUCGCCGGACCCCAACUUGAUGAUUAAUCAGGUGGGUGUGCCAGUGCGUGUUGCUAAGAUUCUUACCUACCCGGAACGCGUAAAUCUCGCAAACAUUCGUCAUAUGAAGCAUCUUGUACGCAAUGGACCUGGCACGCACCCAGGGGCCAACUACGUCCAACAGCGGGGUUCUAGUUUUAAAAAGUACCUCGCAUAUGGCAAUCGUGAGAAGGUUGCACAGGAGCUUAAAUGUGGGGAUAUUGUGGAGAGGCAUCUGUGCGAUAACGAUAUCGUUCUAUUUAAUCGCCAACCUUCGCUCCACAAGAUGUCCAUUAUGUGUCAUCGCGCCAAAGUACAACCCCAACGGACGUUUCGUUUUAAUGAGUGCGCCUGUACACCAUACAACGCCGACUUCGACGGUGAUGAGAUGAAUCUUCACUUGCCACAGACUGAGGAGGCCAGAGCCGAGGCAUUAAUCCUUAUGGGUAAUCAGUCAAACUUGGUUACGCCAAAAAAUGGCGAGAUUUUGAUUGCUGCCACGCAGGACUUUAUAACUGGUGGAUACCUGCUUACACAAAAAGAGGUUUUUCUUACCAAGGAAGAGGCAAUGCAGUUAGCUGCCUGCUUUUUAGACAACGAAGACUCGACCAUGAACAUUCAGAUACCAGCACCUGCUCUUCUUAAGCCGCGCCGACUCUGGACUGGAAAACAAAUAUUCAGCUUGCUAAUGCGCCCAAACAGCGACUCUCAUAUUCGUCUCAAUAUGGUGAACAAGGGCCGAAACUAUACAAAAAACAUGGAUCUAUGUAUCAACGACUCUUGGAUUCACAUCCGGAAUUCUGAGCUAAUGUGUGGUGUAAUGGAUAAGGCCACAAUGGGCUCGGGUACAAAGCAAUGUAUCUUUUAUUUACUGCUGAGGGACUUUGGUGAGGCGCACGCUACCAAAGCAAUGUGGCGACUGGCCAGGAUCACCUCUUAUUUUAUACAGAACCUUGGGUUCUCCUUCGGCAUAAGUGACGUGACGCCUAGCCAAAAACUUCUACACCACAAGGAGAUAUUGUUGGAGCGCGGCUACGCAAAGUGCAAUGACUAUAUUGAACAUCUCAAGUCGGGAACACUACAGUGCCAACCUGGAUGUACACCCAAGGAGACCUUGGAAUCGGUGAUGUUGCGUGAGCUCUCAGGCAUUCGCGAGCAAGCAGCUAAAACUUGUUUCGCCGAGCUGCACCCCACCAAUAGCGCUCUUAUAAUGGCUCUGAGUGGCUCUAAAGGCUCAAACAUCAACAUAUCUCAAAUGAUCGCCUGCGUAGGACAGCAAGCUAUUAGUGGUAAACGAGUUCCCAACGGCUUCGAGAAUCGUGCUUUGCCCCACUUUGACAGGCACUCUGCUAUACCCGCGGCUAGGGGCUUUGUUCAGAACAGCUUCUAUUCUGGCCUAACACCGACGGAAUUUUUUUUUCAUACCAUGGCCGGACGCGAAGGUUUGGUUGACACGGCGGUGAAGACUGCAGAGACAGGAUAUCUGCAGAGACGUUUGGUCAAGUGCCUUGAGGAUCUGGUUGUGCACUACGAUGGCACUGUUCGCAACGCUGUAAGCGAGAUGGUAGAUACCAUCUACGGUGGUGAUGGACUUGACCCUGUUUCAAUGGAAACUCGAAACAAGCCAGUCGAUCUGAUUCAUCAAUACAACAAUCUGCGGGCCCAAAUACCACAUCGCGUGCAAAACGCUCUUCCGGCCGCCGAGAUUCCCGUCGUCUUAGAAUCGCUUUUGCAAAAUUCCGAGUUUACUGACGCUCGCGCCGAUUUUAAGAUGGAUAUCAUGUAAGUAGUAA